AUGGAGGAGCGAGAGGAGAAGGAGAAUGGCAUCAUGGAAGAAGAGCAAGUCAAAGAAGACAAGAGUGAAGCAAUCCUAGCAAGCGAGGUUACCCAGAAUUCCAGCAAAGAACCAAAAGCAAAUGGUUUGGAGGUCCAAACAGAGUUAGAAGAGAAAGAAAAGGAGAAAGGAAUGGAGGAAGGAGAGAUGAAGAAAGAAUUGGAGUCGGAGGUGAAGGUGGAAGUGUGCCAGCCUGUCCCAGACCUCCAGAUGAGUUUUAUCCAUGGCAGUGACCUGUUUGGCUAUGUGGGCAUUGAGGCAGUGCUGGACCAGAUGAGACAAAAGACCAUGAAGGCUGGCUUUGAAUUCAACAUCAUGGUAGUCGGUCAGAGUGGUUUGGGGAAAUCUACAAUGGUCAACACUCUCUUCAAGUCAAAAGUCAGCAGGAAGUCCUGUACACCAAACUAUGAGGAGAAAAUCUCCCAAACAGUCAAGCUUCAGUCAGUGAGCCACAUGAUUGAAGAGAAGGGGGUGAAGAUGAAGCUGACAGUGAUUGACACUCCAGGGUUUGGAGACCAGAUCAACAAUGAGAACUGUUGGGAACCCAUUGUUAAAUACAUCAACGAGCAGUAUGAGAAAUAUCUGCGAGAAGAGCUUCAUGUCAACCGUAAGAGGAGAAUACCUGACACCAGAGUCCACUGCUGCAUUUACUUUCUGGCAGCAACGGGGCACAGGUUACGUCCUAUCGAUGUUGAGUUCAUGAAGAGACUGGGAAAGAUAGUGAGUAUUGUGCCUGUCAUAGCAAAAGCUGACACACUUACCAUUGAGGAGCGACAAGAGUUCAAGGAGAGGAUAAGGCAAGACUUGGCAGGCAACGGGAUUCGUGUUUAUCCCCAGAAGGAGUACGACGAGGAUGCAGAGGAGAGCUUUCUCAAUGACAGGAUCAGAGAAAGCAUUCCCUUUGCGGUCGUGGGGACUGACAAGGAGCAUCAAGUGAACGGAAACAAGGUGUUGGGCCGGAAGACCAAGUGGGGAAUUAUUGAAGUUGAAAAUGUCGCUCAUUGUGAGUUUGCCAACCUGCGAGAUCUACUUAUCAGGUCACACCUGCAGGACCUGAAAGACGUGACACACAACAUCCACUAUGAAACAUACCGUGUACGACGGCUGAAUGAGAGCAACAUCAAUUUCAUUGAACAAGGACUUUCUAACUGGUCGCUGGAAAAUGGAACUGCUGACAAAUUUGAAUCAGACAGCCACCUCUGA